AUGUUGCACUUCAUCGCUUUGGCGGUAACAUACUAUUUCACCGAUAUUGGUGAUAAUGCUGCAGAUUUGUUUACAAUUGAUAAGGACACUGGACAAAUUAAGGUAAGCGGAUACAUCGACUAUGAGGAGGAAAAAUUUUAUGAAACUGGAGUCCAGGCCAAAGAUGGAUCAGGAUUAGCAUCAACUGCUAGUAUAAUUAUAGAUGUCAUAGAUGUAAAUGAUAACGCUUCAGCUAUCAUGGUCACCUCUGUAAACAAUCCUAUACCUGAAAAUAUUGGUGUUGGGACUGAGGCGGCUAUUAUUAAUGUUCAUGAUAAGGACUUGGGAAAUAAUGGUCAUUAUCAUUGAAGAAAUAUAUCAAUUCAAGAAAAUGUCCCAUUUAAACUGAAUACGAGCCCUAUGGACCGUGAGCAAGAAACAUAUUACAAUUUAACAAUCAAAGCUUAUGACGAAGGAUUUCCAUCUUUAUCCUCCUCCAUGACUAUUCAUUUAUUACUUUCAGACAUUAAUGACAAUCCUCCUGCAUUUGAGGAACAAUCCUAUAUUGCGUAUGUAACUAAAAAUAAUAAACCUGGUACCUCUAUGUGUGCUCUAACUGCAAAAGAUCCAGAGAACGGUACAGUACUGUAUUCUUUGGUUCCAAAUGAGGUCAACGGUGUACCGAUAUCCUCUCUCUUGUCUAUUGAUGCGGAAAGUGGCACAAUCCACGCUAUGAAGUCAUUUGAUUACGAGAAACUCUGAAAUUUUAAAAUAUAGGUUGUAGCCAGAGACAAUGUACCUCCACUCAGCAGCAACGUGACUGUGAGUGUGUUUAUAACAGAUGAGAAUGAUAACGCUCCUCAAAUACUAUUCCCUGCUCCCGAUGUACAGUCUUUAAUGACUGAGAUUGUUUCCAAAGCUGCUCUAUCAAGUUCGUUGAUCUCCAAAGUUAUCGCGGUGGAAGCAGAUUCUUGACAGAACGCGUGGUUCCAAAUAGUAAAAUCUACAGAACCAGAACUCUUCAUCCUUGGUCUGCAUAGUGGUGAGAUCAAAACUCUGAGGGAUAUUGCUGAAUCUGACAGCAUAAAACAAAACCUUGUUAUAUCGGUAAAAGAUAACGGACAGCCUCCUCUCUCUGCAAUCUGCUCUGUAAAUUUACUAAUUUCAGAUAACCUUGCUAAAGUUCCAGAGCUUAAAGACAUGACUUAUGAAAACAACAAUUCGAAAUUGACAUUUUAUUUAAUCAUCGCUCUGGUUUCGGUGUCCACCUUUUUUCUGAUAGUGGCUAUAAAGUUUUGCCACAGAAGAAAACCCAGACUGAUGUUUGACGGAGCAAUCACCAUUCCGAGUACGUACCUCCCUCCAAACUAUGCAGAGGUAGAGGGAGCUGAAACCUAUCGCAGUUCCUAUCAUUAUGAUGGAUAUCUAACAACAGGAUCACGCACCAGCGACUUCAGGUUUAUCUCAUCUUACGGUGACAACACACUUACUGCUAAUAACACGUUGAAGAAAAUUUCAAAUGAGUCCAGUAUAAUCAGUCUUUUAGAUUCCAGCUUUACACAAGUGGUAAGGAUAUCCAAGUAUUAUUAUCCAAUCUGA